CACACGACACAUAUCUCUCUAAUGGAAGCUGUUCUUGUCGCCAUGUCCACAAAAGAAGACGACUUAUGUUCGUUAACCACCGAUAAACUUUCAUAUGAUCUAACGACGAUGACUUCGGACGUUGAGAUCGUUACUUCCGGUAACCGCCGUAUCCCGGCACAUUCCGGCGUUCUGGCUGCGGCUUCACCUGUACUGAUGAACAUUAUCAAGAAACCGGUGAAACGUUACAGAGGCUGUGGAUCCAAGAGAGUCAUCAAGAUUCUCGGCGUUCCAUGCGACGCCGUUUCCGUUUUUAUCGAGUUCCUCUACUCUUCUAGUUUGACGGAGGAUGAGAUGGAGAGAUAUGGAAUCCAUCUUUUAGCUUUGUCUCAUGUCUACAUGGUGCCGGAGCUGAAGCAACGUUGCUCAAAAGGCGUUGUACAGCGGCUAACGACUGAGAACGUAGUCGACGUUCUCCAGCUGGCUCGGCUCUGCGACGCACCCGAUGUUUGCCUUCGAUCUAUGCGUCUGAUACAUUCGCAGUUUAAGAACGUUGAGGCAACUGAAGGUUGGAAGUUUCUUCAAGAACAUGAUCCUUUCCUUGAGCUCGACGUUCUCCAGUUCAUCGAUGACGCCGAAUCGAGGAAAAAAAGAAGACGACGACACAGAAAAGAGCAGGAUCUAUACAUGCAACUAAGCGAGGCAAUGGAGUGUAUAGAGCACAUAUGCACCCAAGGUUGUACGUUGGUCGGUCCAUCAAACGUGGUAGGCAACAACAACAACAAGUCAACGAUGGUUGCGGAGAAGUCGAAGCCUUGUAAGGCGUUUUCCACGUGUUAUGGUCUACAGCUUUUGAUACGUCACUUUGCUGUAUGCAAGAAGAGGAGUAACGACAAAGGUUGUCUUCGUUGCAAGCGGAUGCUUCAACUCUUUAGACUCCAUUCUUCUGUUUGUGAUCAACCUGAGACUUGUCGCGUCCCUCUUUGCAGGCAAUUCAAGAAAAGGGGAGAGCAAGACAAGAAGAUGGGUGCAGACACCAAGUGGAAGCUUCUUGUCACAAGAGUUGUGACUGCCAAAGCUAUGUCUUCGUUAUGUCAGUCAAAGAAGAACAAAUGUGAAGAGGAAGCAGAACAUUUAAUCAAAACAAAGGAGCUAGCGAGAUUUGUAGAUUAGUGAUUAAGAAGCUUUCUUGUAAUCGUAUUUGUUAGUUUUGAUUAUUUUUGUAGUAUAAAUGGUUAGGGGAACAAUCAAGGCGUAUACAAUCAUAUACGUACUCUUUGAUCAGUUUAAGAGGGUUUAGUAAUUUGUAUGUGAGUAAAGCCUUUAAACUUGGCUACAUUGAUUUGUUCAUUUCUAUCUCAUGUUGUCAUCAUAUAAUAAUCAAUGUUCUUGAAUUUAGAGAGUAA